AUGAAACAACAAAUUAAAGAAAAGCGUAAGUAACCCAUACGUACUUGUCUUCAUCAACCUUUCGAAUACAACUUCAGAACUUUGGACCAAUACUCCUCUCAAGAUUUGGUCAAAUGCAUUCAAUAGAUUAAGAAUGACUAAGAAUUGUCCUAAUAUGUGUAGACAAAGGUGGGAAUAAGGAGUGCAAUAAGAAAGCUAAGAGCGAAUUAAUCGAAUUUUUUGGCUUUAAUAUUAAUUUAUGAUUAAUCCAUCACAGAUAUUUUAAUACAGGCUUCAACCGUAUUUUGGAAAUACAAUCAGUAAAUAAUUCUGGCUAAAGAGGAGAUUAGGACACAUUUGUAGAAGAUUAUGAAGAUAGAGAGAAUAAAUUGUGUUUAUUUGUUCACUAAAAAGGACAUCGAAUUGCCAGAGGAUGUUAAGUAAAAAAUAUAGAAAAUAACAGAACAAAUGAAUGUUUUUAGGAAAGAGAGUGUUUGUGAGAUACCUAUAAUACUUGGGGAUGAAUUGAAGUAUCAAACUGUUAAGUUGAAAGUGCCAUAAGAAUAAGAAAUUUAAAGAAAGAGUUUUUAGAAUCAAAAAGGAAAUUCAAAUAAUUAGGAAUAGAAUUAAAAUACAAAUAAAUAAUAAAAGAAUAAAGGUGAAAAAGGAAAUACUAAUUAAUAAAAGAAUUAACAAAAAUAAGCCAAUAAAUUAAACAAUAUUAUUAAUAACGCACCAUUAGAUUAAUGA